CAUGGGGCUGCUGUGGUGGCCGCGGGUGGCGCUGGCGCUCGUCGCCUUGGAGGUCGCGAGCGGGCGCAGCUUCCCCGGCAUCAACAACAGGACCUUCAUCAAUCAGUAUCUCGACAUCCACAACAACUACCGCAGCGGGGUCAAGCCCCCCGCUUCCAACAUGCUGUACAUGACAUUUGAUCUAGCUUUGGCUAGAAUAGCUAGAGCAUGGGCACAAAAAUGCAUUAUUAUGCAUAACCCAAAUGAUAUGGUCCACCCUGAUCCUAAAUUUAGGCCUUUUGGAGAAAGUAUAUGGGCUAUAACUGGCUUUCAAUACCCAUUUGAUCCUGCUGGCCCCAUUGCAGAUUUUUAUGAUGAAGUAGUAUACUACACCUACAAAACCCACACAUGUACACGUGUUUGUGGUCAUUAUACUCAGGUUGUUUGGGCUAAUACUUAUAAGAUUGGCUGUGCUAUUGUUCACUGUCCUGCAUCAACUAAUAGCAAAGGAGCCAGGACCAAGAAUUUUUCAUAUUUCGUGUGCACUUAUGGUCCACCGGGCAACUACAAGGGAGUUCGUCCUUAUGCAGAGGGAGCUCCAUGUAGCAAGUGCCCAAUAGGAGACACUUGUCAAAAGAAACUCUGCAGAAAUCCUGAACGUGAAAAAGAAAACAGCCAACGCUAUUCACGAUGGUACCCACCCUUUGAAUCCCGGAUUAUAUGUGAUGAAUCCUGCAUUGCAGUUGCAAUUUUAAGACCAUUAUUAAUGUUUCUAGCUUUUGCAGCUGUUUAUUACUUAAAACUCCGUUAUCCUGGUUUAGGUUUUAAAACAUAAUUUUUGAUAGGCAUAUAUAAUUUGAAUAUCAGAGGUAACGAACAAUAAU